AUGCCGAGUACCCAAGAUACUGCGAACAACAGAAGCGAGAACCGUGAACUGGCUGAUGGCGAUCAACUAGACUUUCCGAAUCCUUUCGGCUAUAAUCUGAACGCCAUGAACGGCCUCGGCCUCCCAGAAUAUCACCUCUCCUACCCCCGACCUCAGCCGCCUGCACAGCACAUACUCAAUGCCGAGCAAACAAACCACACAAUGGACUGGUUGGAGCAUUUCUCCAGUGUCGACACAUACAAUGGGAUGCAGGCCAAUCAUCAGCCGAUCCCAUUCUACCACGACUACGAUACCGGUCUGCCUGGACAGGCAGAUCCCGUGGUCAUGCUUGACGGCCGACAAAUGCAGAGUCUGAUCAGCAACGACCACAUCCCGACCCAUAAUUUCUCUUCGGCGCCACAAUUCCCCACAGAGGCACCCUUCAUCCCUCAGAUAAAUCCAGUCUACUCCCGCGAUUUCUACCGCGAACCAUAUCAAGUUGUGGGCCAGCCUCUAGCGACUCCAGGUCGAGGUCCUGCCCCCAAUUAUGGCUCGGAUGUGCAAUUCGGACCCAACGGCUAUCAGGCCGCGCCAAUACAGCUAGAUACCAACCACAUGCCCGAGCCUGAAUGGCUCUCAAGCAAUCCCACCACUCGACCUAAUACCCAGCCAUCAAGCCCGAUCAUCAGUCGUAAGCGCAAACAUGACGCGACGCAAGAGCCAUCACGCAAUGGCUUCAUCUCACCUCGCCGGGGCCCUGGAAGUCCAGCAGGACCGCCACCAUCACACUCUCGUCGACAGUCGCGAGUGUCCAUCGUUAAGACCGAGCCAACACAAGAACCAACUCCAGACUCUCUCGAGGAGUCUGAUUCGGACGUUGACGCUCCUGCCGAGUCCGAUACUGAGUACGCCAGCCGGCCCAUUACUACCUCACCUGCACCGUCCGAAUCACGACCCAGAACGAAAAGCAAAGCGGCCGCCACGCCAGCCAGCAAAGGGAAACGAAAAGCAAGCAGUAGCAGCACGCCAGCCAAGUCGAAAACACCCUCAGGCAGACCGAAGGCCUCGAAUCGAACAUCGUCCUCGAACACUGCCACGCAGCAAUCUGCUUCGCGCCGGCAGCCCUUGACUAUAGACGAGAAGAAACGGAAUCACACGACUUCGGAGCAAAGGCGCAGAGACGCCGCCUCGAGAGCUCAAGCUCGUCUGUGGGACUCUGUGCCCGGUGCGCGGAGUACGGGCGGAAAGCCUAGUCAAGUGCAGCGGCUGGCGAGUGUGGUGGACCACGUGAGGCGGACUCAGGCUGCAAGGAGGAGCUUAAUGGCUAUGCUUAAUGGUAGUGGGGCCGGAGGUGGUGGCUAUAACUUGGGAGUGGGAGAAGUGCAUGUUGUUGGCGGUGCAUAUAUGGGUGAUGAGCCAAGUGAGACUGAAGCUGCAGCAGGAGCCCUGGCUGGUAUGGGCGGUGGUGGCAUGUUCGCUGAUCUGGCUAUGGAUCAUCACAAUUUCUAG